GGGCUCAGGGAGGGCUCUGUGCCUCUGUUCAGCAGAGCUGCAGCUGCUGCCCAGCUCUCAGGAGGCGAGCUGGACUCCCUCACUCAGCUGCAGGAGCAGGGACCGCGAGGCUCAACCCCGCCUGAGCCAUGCCAGCCAACUUCACAGAGGGCAGCUUUGAUUCCAAUGGGACCGGGCAGAUGCUGGAUUCUUCCCCAGUGGCUUGCACUGAAACAGUGACUUUUACUGAAGUGGUGGAAGGAAAGGAAUGGGGCUCCUUCUACUACUCCUUUAAGACUGAGCAAUUGAUAACUCUGUGGGUCCUCUUUGUUUUUACCAUUGUUGGAAACUCCGUUGUGCUUUUUUCCACAUGGAGGAGAAAGAGGAAGUCAAGAAUGACCUUCUUUGUGACUCAGCUGGCCAUCACAGAUUCUUUCACAGGACUAGUCAACAUCUUGACAGAUAUUAUCUGGCGAUUCACUGGAGACUUCAUGGCACCUGACCUGGUUUGCCGAGUGGUCCGCUAUUUGCAGGUUGUGCUGCUCUACGCCUCUACCUACGUCCUGGUGUCCCUCAGCAUAGACAGAUACCAUGCCAUCGUCUACCCCAUGAAGUUCCUUCAAGGAGAAAAGCAAGCCAAGGUCCUCAUUGUGAUUGCCUGGAGCCUGUCUUUCCUGUUCUCCAUUCCCACCCUGAUCAUAUUUGGGAAGAGGACACUCUCUAAUGGUGAAGUGCAGUGCUGGGCCCUGUGGCCUGACGACUCCUACUGGACCCCGUACAUGACCAUUGUGGCCUUCCUGGUGUACUUCAUCCCUCUGACAAUCAUCAGCGUCAUGUAUGGCAUUGUGAUCCGAACUAUUUGGAUUAAAAGCAAAACCUACGAAACAGUGAUUUCCAACUGCUCAGAUGGAAAACUGUGCAGCAGCUACAACCGAGGACUCAUCUCGAAGGCAAAAGUCAAAGCUAUCAAGUAUAGCAUCGUCAUCAUUCUUGCCUUCAUCUGCUGUUGGAGUCCAUACUUCCUCUUUGACAUUUUGGACAAUUUCAACCUCCUUCCAGACACCCAGGAGCGUUUCCAUGCCUCUGUGAUCAUUCAGAACCUGCCAGCAUUGAAUAGUGCCAUCAACCCCCUCAUCUACUGUGUCUUCAGCAGCUCCAUCUCUUUCCCCUGCGGGGAGCGAAGAUCACAGGAUUCCAGAAUGAAGUUCCGAGAGAGAACCGAGAGGCAUGAGAUGCAGAUUCUGUCCAAGCUAGAAUUCAUCUAGACACUAGGACAGUGCCAGUGCUAGGCUGAGCACCAUCAACUCUCCCAGGUCCCUGUCACCUGCUUGGGCAUGUGCAUAAAACUCGAGCCAACUUCAUCCCACCCUCGUCAUCACCUGGGAGAUGCACAAGACAAAUGUUCUAAUGAGUGCAUGCACUGCGUUAAGUAUUGGCCAACACGAACUCCCCAGUUACUCAUGCCAGCCAGGAACGAAACACCUUCCUUCACGACCAUUCCCAGCCCUCCUUCCCACUGGCCAGCACCUGAACCCAGUGAACACAGGCAUCAGUGGCCUAAGGUCCUGGCUUGGAGCCAGUGAGUAGAC